CUUACCCUGACCAGAAUAGCAGCCUACCUAUCAGGCCCUCUCAGUUCAGUAGCAAGACACGCCUCUUCUACAGCACCGCUUUCGAGUCGCUCCUGCUGCGCCUGCUACGCCUUAGUCGAGACUCGAGAGCCUUUCGCAUCGCCGACAAUGGCGCCAAACGCGUGGUACAUGGACGACAAGGACGACGACCAGCGCCUUCCUCACCGGCUCGACCCCAACCAGCCGUGCCCCCUCGAGACGCUCGCUGAGCUGGGCAUUCUGUACUGGAAGCUGGACGCGGACAUCUGGGAGACGGACCCCGAGCUCAAGCAGAUCAGGAAGGACCGCAGCUACUCGUACGAGGAGGUGGUGAACAUCCACCCCGACACGCUGCCCAACUACGAGGCAAAGAUCAAGUCAUUCUACGAGGAGCACAUCCACACGGACGAGGAGAUCCGCUACAUUCUGGACGGCAGCGGCUAUUUCGAUGUGAGGGACUUUGAGGACCGUUGGAUCCGCAUCGAGACAAAGAAGGGCGACCUCCUCGUGCUGCCAGCUGGCAUCUACCACCGCUUCACCCUUGACACGACCAACUACAUCAAGGCGCUCCGUCUUUUUGUGGGAGAGCCUGUGUGGACGCCUUACAACCGGCCUGCAGAUGAGAUGGCUGCCAGGAAGGAGUACCUUGAGAUGUUUGCUGCCAGCAAGACGACUGCUGUGGCAUAGUUUGGUGGUGGUCCUGCUAAGCCAAUUAUCCUGCUUGACAAAACUACCAUGCGCAGCAUGCGCUGUGUGAAUAAUACACUAGCCUAAAUGUGCAAUUCGUGAGUUUUAUAUGUAUCCAACAUGUUGGAGCACGUUACUAUACCGUACACAGAACCAAAUGUUGACUUCCGUCUUCUAUCAAAAGCCUCAUGUAAUAGAUCAAUGAAGAGAAA